AUGAAAGCAAAUUUUGUGCGGGACAACAAAUUGGGAUCUUUUACUCCUGGAUCCUUCUUCAAGCAGCUUGAUAACGCUGAGCAACAGGAACAGCAUAUCACCCUUUUAUCCACUGCAAUGUGUCAAAUCAAGUAUGAGUGUAAUUUCAUGGAAUCUUUGGAGUUAAAGGUUGCUCCCAAUCUACAAUUGAACCUCUUCUCCAACGCUGUGCUCAGACAUGGCUGCGACAAUGGCAAGGCCAGUCCCCAACACAACGCCGGUCCAGGGGCAGAGAACAAAACAGGUGCCGGUUUGAGAACUUGGACGCCCUCGAACCUACACGCCGGAGAGAGGCCGAGGCUGGUUUCGUUGAGGAAUGGGACGAAAACAACAACCAAUUUCAGUGUGCGGGUGUUGCUGCUUCUCGUGUUACUAUCCAACCCAGGGGCCUCUCUUUGCCCUCGUAUUACAAUGCACACAGGGAAGGGAGUUUUAGGGUUAUCCAUUCCUGGUUGCCCCGAAACAUUUCAAUCCUCCCAGCAAUCUCAACAAUCCGAAGAAGAGGAAGAAAACAGGAGCCGGAGAUUCCAGGAUCAGCAUCAGAAGAUCAGAUUCGUGAAACAAGGAGACAUGAUUGCUGUGCCAGACGGGGUUACACAUUGGAUGUACAACAAUGGCGGUGCAUCCCUUGUUGCUGUUAGCAUCUUUGACCUUGCCAACAGCUUCAACCAGCUUGAUGAUAGAAAAAGACAAUUUUAUCUUGCUGGCAACUCACAACAACAACAAGAAGAAGAGGAGCAGCAACAACAGCAACAACAAGGUGGUGAAUCCUUCUCCAGGCGUGAGAAGGCUGGGCAGAAGAGCUCUUCACAAGAACAAAGACAACAACAAAAAGGAGGCAAGUCGUCUUACCAACAUGAUCAGAAGGCCAGACAAGAGAACUCUGCUAACAUCUUCAGCGGUUUGGACACUGAGACGUUGGCCCAAGCUUUCGGUGUAAGCACGGAGACGGCAAGAAAGCUACAAGGUGAAAAUGAUCAGAGGGGAGGAAUUGUUAAUGUUGAGAAAGAGCUUCGGAUGAUUAUGCCAACUACUUCUAGCGAAGAGGACGAAGAAUAUGAACAGGAACAACAAAUGGGUGCAAAUGGUGUAGAGGAGGCGAUUUGCAACAUGAGAUUUAGACAGAACAUUGAAAAACCGAAGCAUUCUGAUUUCUACAGUCCAUAUGGAGGACGCGUCACCACCCUCAAUAGUCAAAACCUCCCAAUUCUCCAGACCCUCCAACUCAGUGCUGAGAGAGGAACUCUCUACCAGAAUGCUAUGUUGUCCCCUCACUGGAACAUCAAUGCACACGGCAUCAUCUAUGUUCUUAGUGGAGAUGCUCGGGUUCAAGUUGUUGAUAACUCUGGACAAACAGUCUACAAUGGCCAGCUUCGUCGUGAUCAAAUCUUGAUCCUUCCACAAAACUUUGUCAUAGCUAUACAAGCUGGAGAGAAUGGUUUCGAAUGGGUAUCAUUCAAGACCAAUGACAAUGCAAUGGUAAGCACUCUUGCUGGGAGAAAUUCAGUCAUUCGUGCCAUGCCUGAAGAGGUGCUCACCAACUCAUACCAGAUUUCCAGAGAGGAAGCCAGGAGGUUGAAGUUCAAUAGACAGGAAACACGGGUCUUGUCUUCAAGGUCUAGUUCUGCAAAUUUGAUGUGAAACAAGAGUCCAUCUAAAGUCAGAUAGGUUAGCCUGUGCGUGAGCUUUGUGUUAAGAUCCAUAAUAAAUAAAG